AACCCUAUUGGUAGUGAGAUCAUAGUCUUCUUGAAACAUAUGGGUUAUUUAGUGUGUAAAUACAGUAUAAAUACUGGAGCUUAAGCUCAGGGUAUUGAGAUCACCUCUGAGAAUUCUCAUCGGUGUGGAUCUCGUGUGGUGGAACGGAACAAUAAAGCUGGACCCUUGCUUCUUCUCACUCAUGGCUGGUGUAUUUUUUCUAUCUUCAACUGGGCUCAGAGGUAGAUUAGGAAGAAGUGAAACUUCAACACAAUCGAGGAAAACAGACACAACACCUCCAUCAAAACCGCCUCAGAGUAAAAUAACAAACUCUCCACCUCCACUAUCCUCAACAACACUGGAACAAGGCUGUUCUCUCUCUGGUGAUAAACAUGUAGAUAUCACAGGAUACAAAGGUGGUUCAGUGCUGUUACCCUGCUCCUGUUUUAACCUGCACACCAAACCUCAGAUAUUCACCUGGUGGCUCUACAGAACAGAACGUCUGACAGAAAUGUUAAAUGAUGAAUGCUACCGUGACAGACUUCAGCUGUUUAAUCACAUUUCUCCUGCUAAUCUGUCUCUGCUCAUAUCUGACCUGAGAGAAGAGGAUCAGGGAGUCUACAGGUGCAGCACUGAGAAGGAACACAGAGACAUCAGGCUUUUUGUUAAAGUAGGAAGAAGAGAAACUUCAACACACUCGAAGAAACCAGACACAACAACUCCAUCAGAACCGCCUCAAAGUAAAACAACAAACUCUCCACCUGCAUCAUCCUCAACAACACUGGAACAAGUUUUUUGCGUGAAGAUGUGAAGAUUGGGUCUGAUGUCACUGUAUUUACUACUGUUAUUUACAUUUACUACUCUACUGACCCACAUUAACACAGCCGGAGCAGCAGAUCAUCACUGGACAGAAAACUGAAUAUAGCAGCAUUAUAACAAACUAGUCCAGAGUAAAUAUAGACACAUGCUCAGAUAUUAUAGAAUAAUGCUGAAAACAUAUAUUAAAUACACUCUAUGGCCAGCACGGGAUUCACAAUAUUGACUUUUUGUGAUUUUUAUACAUUUUACAAUUAAAUAUCAGAUUCAGGCAUAAACAUGUGUGUUACAUUUACUUAUGUUAGCUAAGUGUAUUGUUCUGCAUUCAUUGUUUAUCAUUAAUUGCUGAUGGAUAAUCUCGCUAAUUAUAUUUUGAGUGUACGUGUCAUUUUAUAUCUUAUGUGUACCAUACUUAUAUCAGGUUAAGAAAUGAAAGCUCUAGAAGGCUGUUGUCAUCAUGCUGUUUUGUGUAAGAAGACUGCUAUAGAAGUUCUUGUUUGUGACUUU